CAUAGGCAAAGAGACCUUUAGAAGGGCUUUGAAAAGGGUGGCCAAAGUUUCUUCCAGGAUUAACUGACCUUCUUUAAUCUUUUAUACAGGUGUCUGGCGGGCUGGGGCUGGGGAAUUGAAGAAUCCUGUGCCAGUCUAUACAACUCCUCAGGACUUUAAGAUACACAGUGACAUCAUGGACUCCUUUCUCUGAUAUUCACAUUCUCUCUCUCUCUCUCUCUCUCUCUCUCUCUCCCUCGUCUCCUUUUCUCCCUCCCUCCUUCUCCGUCCCUCCCUCCUCUGCCUAAUCUUUCUCAACCUCUUUCCUCCUCUCUAGUCCCUUCAGGUAAUUCCUUCUCAGACUUGUACCAACUUGUUUUUGACUGACAGUGAACGGUGAGAAAGCUCCUCUGGAGAAGCCCAGGACACCUACCUCUCCCCCGGCGACCUGCACGGUCCCACUGCUCAUUUUCCUGCCUGCCCUACCUUCUCAGCCGGCCAGGAGCCCGCAUGCUGUGCAGGUGGCCUGACCUGGGGAAGAGGACUUGGAUGGUUGGAAUCUCCCAUCCCUGCCUGUGAAUUCCAGACGAGCAAAUGCUGAGCCCCGUGCCUGGGGCAGGUGCAACACACUUCUGAGCCUGUGCACGCUGCCGGACGUUACGUUGGAAGUUGGUUCCUCCCCUUUCCACUCUUCUGCUGAGUCUUGUCUACCUUUCCCCUGCAAUGAGGAGAGAGUGUGACAAAGAAGGAACAUGAACUUGGCAUGCAAGUGAGCCAUGAUCUGGAAUUCGGGUGGGACCAGGAAAAAGCACAGACUUCAGUGGAAAACACACACGGGCGCGUGGCAAAUCCCCGUAACCUAUAAAUUGAUGACACACUGCUUGAGCUGCUGUGGAGAGAAACCUCAGAGUGCCCUGAAAUCAAAAAGAGGAGGCAGAGGGCACUCUCGGAGUCCCAUGGUAGCCAGGUGGGUGAAGGGGAGCGAGGACCUGCCACCUGUCCUGAAGAGGACUCCUGACCUGCCGAGGGAGUGAGUGCCCAGGGGAUCUCAAGAAUCGGGCGAUGGACGCCAUUCAUGUGAGCAUGACCCGGCCUCCCCUGAUACAACACACAGCUGGGCCUGGCCUCAAGACCCACAGGCCCCGGGUCAUGUCCAAGAGUGGCCACAGCAAUGUGAGAAUCGACAAGGUGGACGGCAUCUACUUACUGUACCUGCAGGACCUGUGGACCACAGUCAUCGACAUGAAGUGGAGAUACAAGCUCACCCUCUUCGCUGCCACGUUCGUGAUGACCUGGUUCCUCUUUGGAGUGAUCUACUAUGCCAUUGCUUUCAUUCAUGGGGACCUAGAGCCCAGGGAGACCAUUUCCAACCACACUCCCUGCAUCAUGAAAGUGGACUCUCUCACGGGAGCCUUUCUCUUUUCCCUGGAAUCUCAGACCACCAUCGGCUAUGGCGUGCGUUCCAUCACAGAGGAAUGCCCUCAUGCCAUCUUCCUCUUGGUGGCCCAGCUGGUCAUCACCACCUUAAUUGAGAUCUUCAUCACUGGUACCUUCCUGGCCAAAAUCGCAAGACCCAAAAAGCGGGCUGAGACCAUCAAGUUCAGUCACUGCGCAGUCAUCACCAAGCAGAAUGGGAAGCUGUGCCUGGUGAUCCAGGUGGCCAACAUGAGGAAGAGCCUCCUGAUUCAGUGCCAGCUCUCGGGCAAGCUCCUCCAGACCCAUGUUACCAAGGAGGGGGAGCGUAUCCUCCUCAACCAGGCCACCGUCAAGUUCCACGUGGAUUCCUCCUCCGAGAGCCCCUUCCUCAUUCUGCCCAUGACGUUCUACCAUGUGCUGGAUGAGACAAGCCCUCUGAGGGACCUCACCCCCCAGAACCUAAAGGAGAAGGAGUUUGAGCUCGUGGUGCUCCUCAAUGCCACCGUGGAAUCUACCAGUGCUGUCUGUCAGAGCCGCACAUCCUACAUCCCAGAAGAAAUCUACUGGGGUUUUGAGUUUGUGCCCAUGGUUUCUCUUUCCAAAAAUGGAAAGUAUGUGGCUGACUUUAGCCAGUUUGAGCAGAUCCGCAAGAGCCCAGAUUGCACCUUUUACUGUGCAGAUUCGGAGAAGCAGAAACUUGAGGAGAAGUACAGGCAGGAGGAUCAGAGGGAGCGAGAGCUGAGGACCCUUUUGUUACAGCAGAGCAACGUGUGACACCAGGGUGUCACCUGGCCUCACCUCCUCCAGGGCUGUUUCCACCUGGGCGCUCUCUGCAGACCCAGUGGGUGGCAGCUGUGCAAAAGGAAAUGAGUGGACACCCCUGGGCUCUACAGAACUUGGUGGGUGUGCACGGUGGAUCCCCCCUGAGGGGGGCUGAACGAACACUUCCAUAUUUGAGAAGGUUUCUGCAGAACGCUCCCUCCAGAGUGACCUCUCAGCCUUCACAUUUUCUAAAACAGAGCUGCCGUCUGAAGAAUGGGACAGAGGGGUGAGGGACAAGAUGUCCUGUGGGAUGGAUAGACAUUUAGCAAGGUUUCAUUGAAAGGAAAUGCAUUGCCACUCAAGAAUAUCAGUUAUUAUGUAUUUAUUUAAUCAAAGCAUCUAAGGCAUUAUGGUCAAAGGAUGAAGUGUGGUUGAGCUUUCAGUUGCUUUAAAACCAACUUUUUUUGUCCCAAAUUGGGCCUCCUACUCACAUAUAGUCAUUCUAUUUUUACCUUUCUUCCAUAGGGCUGAAUUGUAUGGAGUGACACUGAUCAAAUCCGGAAUUAACAGUUAUGCAAGAAUGUUCAUAACCUCAUGCUACUGUUCCCAUUGAUUUCUGUUGUUGUUGUUGAGAUUUACUAGCCCUUUUCUAUGAAAAAAUGGGGUUUAGAGAUCGGUUACCCAGAAUCAUGUAGGAGUUUAUUUGUAACACAGACGAUCAGGUGCCAGGCAGAUAUAUAGAACCAGCACGUACCUCUUAGCAAAACUCCAGUGAUUUGCGGACAAAUGAAAGUUUGAGAAACUCUGCUCUGCACGGUGUUCUUAAAGUCGUUUUCUGAUCCAUGGGAAAAGCUGGCUCUGAGGGGGCCUGUCCGCGUGGCCUCCAGGCUCGCCCUGUCUUAGGUUCAUUGCUGUUGUUCAAUAUUUCUUUCAGCCAUUUCAUUUCUUACCUUAAUUCCUGGCCCACAAGGGAACUGUGUUGAGUUGUCCACUGACAUUCCAGAAGCAAACCAGGGCCCUUGAGAGGAAUGGAUUUCUCCAGCAUGCUAAGCACCUGCUCCACGGUUAGUUACCGCCAAAGAAAGUUAAACUGCUGAUGACAUAGGGAAUCUGCCCAGGCUCUGCACUUCAUAAGGUUGGGUGGUGCCACUGGGAGAGAGAAGGAGCUGAAGGUAAAGGAAUUUGUACCCAAGACGACCAAAAUGUGAUCAUCUCAUAACAUGUACAGAGCACUCUCAGUAUUUAAACAGCACCUCACAUGGCUCAGUGUCGGAGCUAACAUUUUGUCUCCUGCAAAAUUUAUUCUAGUGAGCUACAUUUCUUGGAGGAGAGAAUAAAUGGGCUAAGAUUGGCUAACUGUGCAAAGGCAAAUGCUUAUUUUAUUCAAACCAAGACAGGUCGGUGUAUUCACUUAAGCAGGACAUGACUGUGAUUGUGUAAGCAGUGUGCACAGGUGCACACGUGAGCCUAGCCCAUUUACAUACAGGCCUGCCUGGCAUGCCAGGAUUCUCAAGCAUCAUCAUGGAAGUCAUCCAUGAGAGGCAUUUGUGGUGAACGGAGGAAGUCCGUGAGGACUCCAGAGUGCGUUUGGUCCUACACAAAUGUGAACAAUGGGACUCAGAGGAAUAGGUGAUAGACGGGACUCAGACUGGGUGAAGUGGUGGUCGGCUUUACAGUGCAUAUGGCCACAUGUGAUGUUACCACAUUUCCAAAUGUGUUUCCUCUAAACAGAAAAUGUAGAAAUAAAAUGGAUGGGCUGGAACUGAACUGUCCUAAUGUACACAUAAGAAUAAUGGAGGUAAAGUGUAUAACGGUUUAAAGAACAAUCUCAAUCUAUGAGAAAGAGGGUUUUUGUCCUUACUUAGUUUUUUUCUGUUAUGAACUUUAUGACAGAUUGCUUUAGAUCUCCAUUCUUUAAAAAAUAGUACAUGUCAGCAUAGUUAGAAAUUAGCCCUUUUAGUUAUUAUACUUGCUUAUUUUUAUUGUACAUUGUGGUAUAAUUGACAGGAAAAUAAUGCCACAAGCAUGUUUACAGCUUUCCAGUUGCACUAUUAAUUUUUUUCACAGUAUUUGCAUCGAUGCUAAUUUGAAUGUAAUCAAGAUUAGGAAUCUUCUUCACCUACAGUGUAUGUGGUACAAAAGUUUAGUGUAAGAUUCAGAAAUCUUUUUGUGUGUUUAUCUUGCAUAUCAAAGUUAGCCAGAUUUGGAAAACUUGACCUUUUAUACUAUGCAAUGUCUUGAAAACCAAUAACUGUAUAAGUCAAUAAAUCAUAAUUAUAACAUAAUAGACAAGAAGUAGUUCUAAAGUUAUGUCUAGUUUGAAACUUACCCCCUUUCCAGAUACAUUUGACUGUUGUUACUUUGUGCAAAAUGCUCUCGUGUUACUAUAAUAGCAAAGGAUUUAGGUAGCAGCAAAUGUAUUAAAACUUAUUAAAAGACAGUCAUGCUAAAUAUCCAGCUAAGGA